AAAAAAAAAGGUUAUUACUGACUGCGAACCAUACAUUAUUGUUUGUCAUGAUAAAGGUGACUUUGCUAAUCAUGUAUCAGCAUGACACACCAGCCCCUCGCCACCUGCCAGGUGCAUGAUGUUCCCGUAAAAGCCGGAGAAACAAAGGUUAUCGAUGUUUUUCGUCACUUCCGGUCAGGGUCACAAUGAAAGCUUUAAAUGUGAACUAAAUGUGUUCUACAUUCACCAUCACCGCUAUAAUUACCACGACCACCACCACUGCCCUUACCACAACCCUCCCCACAUCCCCACAAGAAGUUUCAAAAUAACCCGGAAACCAGAAGUGUGUUUGGUCAGCCAAGACACCGCUGAGAGAAUGUCAAAACCCUCGGCUAGAGCUCGAGUCACUAACAACCUGACUGCAAGGCUGGAAGGCAAGGCUGUAGAAGAGAGGCUACAAAUCGACAGUCCGGGUAUCCGGGGCUGUGCGCGACCACCCGCCACAUGUACCCGCUGAAUUAGGAGCAUACCACACGAAGCUUUCGGUACCACCUUAACGAACCUCGGCUCUUCAACUGACCUUAGCGGUGUUUUCUCGUGUUAGGAGUCGUAUCUGUUGAGGUGGAAUGACACAAACUUUGACGGAGACAUUUUCUGUGCUUUCAAACAGCAACAACUACAUCGUGAUGCAACUUUAGACGUAUGUAGUAUACAGUAAUGUUGAAAAUGUGGGAGGGAAAAAACCUUCACCAGAACAGAAAACCAUCACGGAGAGAAGGGAUCUGAGACAAACCAACACCGCUAAGGUUUACACUUCUACGAGCAUGUGACGCUCACGAAGAACCAUUCUUGGCAGUUGUCAAAGUCAGGAUGCUGGACACUAAAGUUUACAAGCGCUGUCGAUUCCAAGAUGGCGUAGGUCCCAGCAAAUUUUUUCCGCUGGCACUUCCUCUACGGAGAAGCGCUUUCUUUGCCAGUAGCACUCAGAAUAUUGCAGGGAGGUCUGAUAUCAGACACCAAGGGAAAGGCAACGCUCAUUGUAAAAAUGCAGGAAGAAAACAUCGGAACAAGAAAAAAGACCCUUUAAACGAGGAGCUUAAAGAAAAGCUGCGGCCGGUGCUGGAACAUCGCAUGCCCACGCUGGUCAGCAAGGCGGCCUUCUCACUGCCCGCAGACUCGGCAAAGGCCAAGGCGUUGGGGAGGAAUAAGGUCGAAGGUCACCUGCAGCCAGCAGCGCCCCCGCGCAAUCUGCAGGAAGUGAGGGCUGCUGUCUCCAAGAGCAUAGCAUCAGUGACAAGGAAGCUGGCGCGGCUGGAGCGGGACUACUACGGGGACAAGCGGACUGUGCACAGCGAUGCCGAGCAGUACGUGCCUUCCGUCAAGGCGCUGAUGAGGGCCCUGUGGAUCCUUGACCUCAACAAGGCCUCCGAGGUGGAGGAGCUGAUCAAACAGUCAGUGAACCCUCAGCGCUACAAGGACGACGCCAAGCACCCAGCAGCCUUGAAGGAAAUUUAUGCGAGGGUUAUGACCUUUCUGCCGGACAGACUGACCCCUUUGAUUGAUGCCUGUCAGGGCCUGCUGGACAAUCUCUCAAGAUACUGCGUCAGUUUUUACUCGGCCGAAUCAGACUCCUACCUGGAGACAGCUGCCCAUUACACGGAACAGAUAACCUCUUGGCGCGAAAAGGUGGAGGUCAGCUUACUGAGCGCGCGCAGUCUCUACAAGAAGUUCCAGACCACCGGCAUCAAUCACAACAUGCUCAGCUCACCUGUCGCCAAUUUCUGCUCGCGCUGUGACAUCAACAAGCUCCUCUUCAUCGUCAUGUUUGCUGAUGCCAGUACACACCUGCGCAACGCGCUCACGGUGAUGAAGUCGUGGUUACAGACAGACGAGAACUACACCACCUAUGUAAAAAACGAUAUGAUAGAGCUGGAGAAACUUAAAGAAGACAAAAUUAAGGUGCUUCGUGAUCUGAGGACGAAAUGCCACUCUCUGACUUACAAAGUAAAUCAGCUGGAAUCUGAAGAAAGGAGACUGGCCCAGGAGAUUACAGCUAUGCGCGAGAAGGAGGAAAGCCUUCGGAUCGAAGAGGUUUUUCUUGUCAAUCAGAUAAACGAGGUGGACCUGGAGAUAGAGUUCAAGGAACGGCGGAGAGACAAUCUGCGCAAACAGAGUGCGGUGGAACCCUUGGAGCCCACCACAGAGACCCCCGAGGCACUGGUGUCAGAGCUGAAGCAACUGAAGGACCGCCUGCCCACCCUGCAACGGCAGCUGGCGCACUUGCGUCACAAGCUGGGCUGGGUGGACGACAAAAUGGCGCAGCUGGAGAAAACUCAGAAAGAUAUCCUGGCCACCCGCGAGGAGCUGAAAGAAGCGGAUAGCGAGAGAGGGCGAAAGGAGGAGGAGUUUGAGGAGUUGGACCAAGCCCUUCUAUUGGCCCGACGAAUACUUCUGGUUAAAAAUGCCACAGACUCCGUAGAGAAGCUGUACUACAAUGUACCCGUUGACACAAAAGCCUCGAAAACAUCCAAGGUGAAGACCAAGGUCAAAGAUCCUGUGGAAAACGCUUGCCGAAUCAUCUGCUCACACAUCGAUCGGGACUGGGUACAGCUGUACCGGAACUUGACUUUCUUCCCUCAACGGGGGGCAGAGACCAUCGAGCGUGACCUCCUACACCUGACCGAGAUGGGUGCGCGCGCAUCUGUGGCGCUGGCGUCGCGCCACGCUCUGGAACGCUGGAAGCGCUAUCACACCAGGGCCAACGUGGAGGACCUGCGGCAAGCGCUGAUGAAGAUCAAGAGGACGGACAUCCUCAGACUCAUCGACGACCGCCUCAAAAUGCCCACGAAAGUCGUCGACCCCUUCGAGCUGCAGGAGGAGCUGCCCCCUCCGGUGGAGCCCAAGCUCGUGCCGUACUACAGACUGAUCGAGCGCUACGACCAGCUGCGAGCCAGUCGAGUCAAAUGAUUAACUGUCUUUCUUUGUCCCUCCCUAUUCCUUCGAUGCCAGCAAGAGUCCAAUGUAAAGGACUAACUCAUUCUUGCUCCAUCCUUUGCUAUAUGACAUUUAAAGGCAUACCCUCUCCUCUCUCUUUGUACCCUCAACGGCUGACGUUAUAGAAAAUAAUGUUAGCUGGGAGGGACUAGGGCGAUGCAAUCGCAUCCCCUCUAAACCCUUCCCGUACACCGGCAUGUCACUAUAAGCCGUUACCUGACAGGUGGUCUAACUGAACCCAAAGCACACCUGACGUUUGGAUCGGUCGAUGACGUAGGUCGUGUAUAGCCUGCAGGCUGAGGGUGACUUGGGUGAGUUGCUCGCGACUUUUCUGUUUGCGGCCAAUUACUCUGACGCCGCACUUGACUGUUGUUGGGUAGAGGGGAGUGGGGGAUUCAGGGGGAGCACCCUGUGUACUGCGUAAUUAUUACAAAAUUUAUUGUUAACUUAGCUGAGGAGUAUAUUUAUUAUCCCACCUUAAUGCGUCCCCGACGUUAAAUUAACUCGUUAACCGUUCAAGCUCCCAAACACACACAAACGCACGCACAUACAAAAACACUUCGCGUGUACACAUGCAUACAUGCGCUCAGAGGAGGAAGCGUUCUCACGCGCUCUCGUGACAUGACAACAAUCAUAAGCUAAGCUGGGAAUGAAUCAUCACAAUGGUGCAUUAAGUGGAGGCUGUACUGUUACCCUGUGUAAAAUCCUUUUACCUUCGACAAAAGACAGUUGUUUUUGACUUUACAGAGCAUUGUUAUGUCGCAAACCUCCGCUUGAACUGCGCUGACAUUUUUCCCAGUCGAAUCAAUUUGCUCUCAUUGAUGUGUUGUUUACUUGCAUAAUAAGUAGAAUGCUGGUCAACGCAUCAAUACGUAUGAUUAUUCAAAUAAAUUUUGAUUCUCAAAAUGUA